AUGAAUUCGACAUGGGGAUAUUCCAUUAAGAAACCUCAAGAGAUGAAGAGUAAACAUUAUGAGAAGGUCGACAACUUUGUUGAAAGGUUUUCUCCUUUUGUUUUGAAGUACGAAUUCACUCAAGGUCAAAGUGGCUUAGUAACCACAUUAAAACCUAUUGUCGAACAUUGGUCUUACCCUCAGUUCGCAAAGGCAGUCCUUGACAACUACAACAAAUUCUUCUCCGAAGUCAAAUCGAAAGUUGUGGUUUACUAUGAGAACAUUGACGCACUCAUGACGAACGAAGAAGGAUACAACAAACUCGUUGAAAUGGAAAUGGUCGGUGAAAAGAUGG